UGCAGAGUGGGGCGCUCCUGCUGCUGCAUGUAACGAUCGAUUGAUCGAGUUAGAGAGAAUCUGGAGGGAGAGAAAAGGCGGUGAUAAUCAUUCAAAGACGGAGGCAUCUAUUCUACUUCUGUCGAUCUUCAACCGCGUUUGGAGGGAGCUCUAGAGCCUGUCUUGAAGUAAAUUUACACACUCAUAUGUAUAUAUAAUAGCUAUUGCUUUCUUCAUAUAUAAAUCUCAAACAAGGCCGGCCAGCCAGCCUGCCUCCGUUCUUCUUCGAAACGCCUUCUAGCGCGACUUCUAGACUCUGAUUCAAAUGGGGGAUUCAGAUGCCUUUGAAGACCUUGGUUCCUUUAGCAAUGGAGCAAUAACGAUUGAUAUAGCUGAUCUUAUGGAUGCCCCGGGCACAAGUAGCAAUGGAGGAAAACAAUCAAUUGAAUUAGAUUAUAUGAAUAUGGACGAGUCUGUUGACGACAUCGACAUGGAUGCAUCCAUAAAUGACUUGAGUAAAGAUUUUCUCAAGAAUUUCUGCAAAAGUGCAUCAAGAUCUUUCUUUAAUCAGUAUGGGCUCAUCAGUCAUCAAAUAAAUUCAUAUAAUGACUUUAUUGACAAUGGUGUCCAGAAUGUCUUUGAUUCCAUUGGUGAAAUUAUUGUGGAGCCUAGUUAUGAGCCAUCGCAGAAGGGAGAAGAUCGAAAAUUUGUUUUGAUUAAAUUUGGGAAGGUCAGACUAGAUCGGCCUUGUUUUGGGACUGGUCAUAAAUUUGUAAAUGUUGGAGGCAGAGAGUUCUUGGAUUUGUUUCCAAGGCAUGCUCGACUUCAGAACAUGACAUAUGCAUCGAGGAUGAGAGUAGAUGUCCACAUUGAGGUAUACACCAGUAGAGUUGUCAAAAGUGACAAAUGUAAGACUGGCAAAGAACAGUGUCUGGACAAGCAUAUUCAAUUCCAAGAUGACAAAGAAAUUACUAUUGGGCGUCUUCCUGUUAUGGUCAGGUCCAAAUUAUGCUGGAUGAAUGGAGCUGAGAAAGGUGAUUGUGAUUUUGACUAUGGUGGUUACUUCAUUGUCAAAGGUGCUGAAAAGGCCUUCAUCGCGCAAGAGCAAGUAUGUUUGAAAAGACUUUGGGUGUCAUCUAAUCCUAAUUGGGCAGUGGCAUACCGUGAAACUUCAAAGAUGAGAAGAGUUUAUAUAAAACUCAUCGAACCUCCUGAAAUCGAACCACUGGUGGUUAAAGGAGGAGGAGACAUGCUCCUCACAGUAUACUUCUUUGUAACCGAGUUUCCCAUAUGGAUUCUCUUCUUUGCACUAGGCGUGUCGUCUGACAAAGAGGUGAUUAGCCUGAUUGACUGUGACAUCGAAGAUACACGCAUAGCCAACAUUCUUCUCGAAUCUAUUUACGACGCAGACAGCAAGUGUGAUGGAUUUCGGAAAGGGCGGAACGCUUUAAACUACAUCGAUAAACUGAUAAAGAAUUGCAAAUUUCCGCCUAAAGAAACUUUGGAGGAGUUCUUUAACAAUAAUUUAUUCCCGAGUGUUUGUGGAAUGAAGCAAAAAGCUCAGUUCCUUGGUUACAUGGUGAAGUGUCUGUUUCAGGGUUAUAUUGGAAUGAGGAAAGUUGAUAACCGGGAUGAGUUUAGAAACAAGAGGUUAGAACUAGCUGGAGAAUUACUUGAACGUGAGCUCGGAAUCCACAUCAAACAUGCUCAGAGGCUGAUGGUGAAGGCUAUGCAGAGAGAUCUUUAUCCAGAACGUAAGCUGCAGCCUCUCGAGCAUUAUUUGGAUUCCUCUGUUAUUUCCAACGGUUUAGCGAGAGCAUUUUCAACUGGAGCAUGGGUACAUCCGUUUAAGAAGAUGGAAAGGGUCUCGGGUGUAGUUGCAAAUCUGAGACGGACAAACCCUUUGCAGACAAUGGCUGAUAUGAGGAAGACACGUCAGCAAGUUUCAUAUACCGGGAGGGUUGGUGACGCCAGAUAUCCGAAUCCUUCUCACUGGGGAAAGCUUUGUUUUAUGUCUACCCCAGAUGGUGAACACUGCGGGCUUAUAAAGAAUUUGGCAGUUACUGGACUAGUCAGCACAAAUAUUAUAGGAGAAUCACUGGAAAGGAUGUUGUAUGAUUGUGGGCUUGAAACUUUGACAGAUGACACUUCCAUCUCAUUUUCUGAAAAGUGCAGAGUUUUCCUCAAUGGAAACUGGGUUGGAUUUUGUCGAGAUUCUGCCUGGUUUACUGCCAAUUUCAGGGAGAGAAGACGAGGGAAGGAAGUUCCGCAUCAGGUGGAAAUUAAAGAAGACAAGCAGCAGAAAGAAGUACGCGUAUUUUCCGAUGCUGGAAGAGUUCUACGUCCCCUCCUGGUUGUUAAAAACUUAAAGAAAAUUAAAAGUUUGAUAAACAACAAAUACACAUUCCAAACUCUUCUGGACAACGGUAUAGUUGAAUUUAUUGGAUCUGAAGAGGAGGAAGAUUGCCUAACUGCUUGGGGGAUUGAAUACCUUUUCGUCGUAGGAAAGGACGACGAACCUGGUAUAACGUACACUCACUGUGAGCUCGACAUGUCUUUUGUAUUGGGCUUGAGCUGUUCAAUUAUUCCAUUUGCAAAUCAUGAUCACGCAAAGAGAGUUCUUUACCAGUCUGAGAAACAUUCUCAACAAGCCAUCGGCUUUUCCACUACAAAUCCUGAUAUAAGAUUAGAUACCAAUAUCCACCAACUUUACUAUCCUCAAAGGCCUCUUUUUCGAACUAUGCUUUCCGAUUGUCUCGGAAAGCUAGGUCAUCCAAUGAGUCAGCAGUCCAGGCCCGAAUUUCACAAUGGACAGUGCGCAAUUGUGGCGGUUAAUGUACAUCUUGGUUACAAUCAAGAGGAUUCGUUGGUGAUGAAUCGAGCUUCGUUGGAGCGUGGAAUGUUUCGUUCAGAACACUUCAGAAAUUAUAAGGCGGAUAUUGACAACAAGGAAUCGACUGGAAAGAGGCCGAGGUUUGAUGAUUGUGUGAUGUUUGGAAAGAUGGAAAGCAGAUUUGGGCGUGUGGUGAGCUUAGAUGACGACGGCUUACCCUUUAUUGGAGCGGAUCUGAAAAAUGGAGAUAUAGUUAUUGGAAAAAGAACCGAAUCUGGUCGAGAUCGUAGUAUAAAGCUUAAGCACACUGAAAGGGGUGUGGUUCAAAAAGUUGUCUUGUCUGCAAAUGAUGAAGGCAAAAGUUUUGCAGCAGUUACUCUGAGGCAGGUGAGAAGUCCAUGCCUUGGAGACAAAUUCUCCAGCAUGCAUGGACAGAAGGGUGUUCUAGGAUUUGUGGAGUCUCAAGAAAACUUUCCAUUCACAAUUGAAGGAAUAGUCCCUGACAUUAUCAUAAACCCUCAUGCAUUUCCUUCUCGCCAAACUCCGGGUCAACUACUGGAGGCUGCUUUGGCCAAGGGGAUUGCCUUGGGCGGCCAGUUGCGUAGUGCCACUCCCUUUUCGACUCUUUCUGUCAAUGACAUAAUAGAACAGUUGCAUAGUGGGGGAUUUUGUAGGUGGGGAACCGAGAAAGUAUGCUGCGGUUUGAGUGGCGAAAUGGUGAGGCCUCUUAUAUUCAUAGGACCCACAAUGUACCAGCGUUUGACCCACAUGGCAGAAGACAAAGUGAAGUUUAGGAAUACAGGACCAGUGCACCCGUUCACUAGACAGCCUGUUUCAGAUAGAAAGAGGUUUGGCGGUAUAAAAUUUGGUGAGAUGGAGCGAGACUGCCUGAUAGCUCAUGGUUCAUCGGCCAAUCUUCACGAGCGCCUCUUCACUUUGAGCGAUUCCUCACAAAUGCACGUUUGCGGGAAAUGCAACAACCCAGCCAACUUGGUCCAGAGGGCCGUGCCCGGUGCAGGACGCAAGGCUAGGGCUCCCUAUUGUCGCUUUUGCAAAUCCGUAGAACAUGUUAUGCAGGUCGAUGUGCCCUUUGGGACCAAGUUGUUGUGCCAGGAACUCUUCAGUAUGGGCAUAUCACUUAAGUUCCAAAUCUCUCCUUGUUGA